CAAAUUAAGAUUUUAGUCUUUACAGUUUACAUUAUUUAAAAUACCUAAAACCUAAUAUCUCUACCUGGUGGUUAUUUGAGGUUAAACGUUAUAAUAAGAAUUAUAGUAAAGUUGUGUUUAAUUUUAUGUAUGUACCUUGUUGAUAAGACUAAGGAACUGAGUUAAGAUACGUGAUAUCAGACACAAUGAGUACAAGAGGUUUCCAGUUUGCUAUAGACAGGGGCGGUACCUUCACAGAUGUCUUCGCGCGCUGCCCCAAUGGAAAAGUCAGGGUCAUGAAACUACUGUCCGUUGACCCUCAGAAUUAUGAUGACGCUCCCAGGGAGGCCAUUCGAAGAAUACUACAAGAAGAGACGGGCAACGCGUUAGAUAAAGAUGGAAAGGUCAACUCCUCGCUUAUAGAGUCGAUAAGGAUGGGAACUACAGUUGCUACCAAUGCGUUACUGGAACGGAAAGGUGCUAAAAUGGCGCUGAUAAUCAACAAAGGAUUUAAGGAUUUGUUACUUAUUGGCAACCAAGCUAGACCGCAUAUAUUUCAAUUGAAUAUUAAACGCCCCGAAGUCUUAUACAAAGACGUAGUAGAAGUGGACUGCAGAGUGAUACCAGCGUUAGAAGACCGAUGCAAAAUCGAUAAAUCAGAUCUGAGCUGGAAGGAAGUAUAUGGAACUACAGGCCAAAAGAUGCUGGUAGUUAAGGAUGUCGAUGAAGACGCCGUGAGAAAAGACCUGGCUGCUCUUAAAGAGAAAGGAAUUGAUAGUAUAGCGGUUGUGUUCGCUCAUAGUUAUAAUUACCAUGAGCAUGAAUUGACUGUUGGAAGAAUUGCUGCUGACUUAGGAUUUGGACACGUGUCCCUGUCGCAUGCGGUCACGUCUAUGGUGCGUUUGACUCCCCGCGGAUACACGGCCUGUGCCGACGCGUACUUGACGCCUCAUAUACGGGACUAUGUCAAGGGUUUUGCGGAAGGGUUCAGCGAGGGAUUGAAGAAUUCCAACGUGCUCUUCAUGCAGUCUGAUGGUGGACUCACACCAAUGACAUUGUUCAACGGAUCGCGCGCUAUACUCUCAGGACCUGCUGGCGGUGUGGUCGGGUACGCGAUGACUUCGUACCAGAAAGAAACUAAUUUACCCGUUAUUGGUUUCGACAUGGGCGGAACCUCGACAGACGUGUCUCGAUACGCCGGAACCCUGGAGCAUGUCCACGAAGCGACAACAGCGGGAGUCACCAUACAGGCACCUCAGCUGGAUAUCAACACAGUAGCGGCGGGUGGGGGUUCGAUGCUCUUCUUCCGUUCGGGACUGUUCGUGGCAGGCCCGGAGUCAGCGGGGGCUGAACCAGGCCCGGCGUGCUACAGGAAAGGGGGCCCGCUCACCGUGACCGACGCGAACUUGUUGCUGGGUCGCCUGAUUCCGGAAUACUUUCCGAAGAUCUUCGGUCCGAAUGAAAAUGAACCGUUGGACAAGGAUGCGACUGUGAGCGCGUUCAAGAAACUGACCAAUGAGAUAAACGAGUUCCACAAACAAGAUGGCGGUAAAGAGAUGAGCAUGGAAGAAGUUGCAAUGGGAUUCAUAGACGUUGCUAACGAGACUAUGUGUCGAGCGAUAAGAGCGUUAACAACUUCACGCGGGUACGACGUGCGUUCGCACGCGUUGUCUUGUUUCGGAGGUGCAGGUGGUCAGCUAGCCUGCUCUGUCGCCAAGAGGCUUGGUAUCUCUGUACUGGUCCUUCAUAAAUAUGCGGGUAUAUUAUCAGCAUACGGCAUGGCCCUAGCUGAUGUCGUACAGGAAGCGCAACAGCCCAGCGCGCUUGUGUAUUCCAAACAAAACUACCCGCAACUUGACGCGCAACUAAAAGCCUUGGGUGACACGUGCAGAAAGAAGCUUAGAGCGCAGGGCUUCACUGAUUCACAAAUUGUACUGGAGCCUUACCUCCACCUGCGCUACUCGGGCACGGACUGCGCCCUCAUGGUGUCACCAGCACCUGGGGACUCCGCGCUCCACACUAACCACGGGGAUUUCUAUACUUCGUUCGUAGAAAGAUAUAAGAAGGAGUUUGGCUUCACUCUGAGCGAUCGUGACGUCAUAGUGGAUGACGUACGGGUCCGUGGCGUGGGGCGGGGCUCGGAAGACCAGCGGGUCCCUCUGGUGGGGAGAGGAGCAGAUGUAACGCCCAACGUGGAUAAGGUUGUGAAAGUUUACUUUGAGGGCGGCUACCAGGAUACCUCGAUAUAUUUGCUGGAUAAACUGCUGCCUGGACAGGAGAUAGUCGGCCCUGCAAUCAUCAUGGAUAGUCUCUCCACUAUUCUCGUUGAACCAGAUUGUCGUGCAGUAAUAACUCAGUACGGAGACAUCCGUAUUACGAUAGGAGAGGGAAAGCAUAGGAGCACGAGUACAGAAUGCGAUGCCAUUCUGCUCAGUAUAUUUUCCCAUCGCUUCAUGUCCAUUGCUGAACAAAUGGGAAGGGUGUUGCAGCGGACAUCGAUAUCUGUUAACAUAAAGGAGCGAUUGGACUUUUCUUGCGCGCUGUUCGGAGCGGACGGUGGGCUUGUUUCCAACGCGCCGCACAUUCCAGUACACCUGGGUGCCAUGCAGGAAACGGUGCAGUAUCAGAUGAAGGUGCGAGGUGACACCCUGAAGCCAGGUGACGUGCUUCUCGCCAACCACCCGAAAGCCGGUGGUUCACACCUACCAGACCUAACUGUUAUCACGCCCGUCUUCUAUGAUCAUUGUAAUAAUCCGACGAAGCCCAUUUUCUUUGUGGCGAGUCGUGGCCAUCAUGCUGAUAUAGGGGGGCUCACUCCGGGCUCGAUGCCCCCCCAUUCUACAUGUCUGGCUCACGAGGGGGCUGCCUUUCUGUCUCUGAUGCUGGUAGAUGGGGGACGGUUCAAUGAAGAAGAACUCGUCAAAGAGCUGAUGAGGCCAGGCGAAGUACCCGGUUGCUCCGGUACCAGAAACCUGGCUGACAACUUGUCGGAUUUAAAGGCUCAAGUUGCUGCAAACCAACGGGGUAUACAAUUGGUGUGCGAUCUAAUUGAAGAAUAUGGACUCGACGUGGUUCAAGCCUAUAUGUCUUAUAUACAGAGAAAUGCAGAACUCGCUGUAAGAGACAUGUUGAAGGAGAUAGCAAUACGUACGCUGAAUGAAACUGGAGAAAGUAUUCUAAGAGCCACAGAAUAUAUGGACAACGGCACGCCCAUAGCCCUAACUGUCACUCUGGAUAAAGAUGAAGGAACUGCAAUUUGUGACUUCACGGGAACCGGUGUGGAGGUAUGGGGCAACCUGAAUGCACCCCGGGCUAUUACCCUAUCUGCCAUAAUCUACUGUCUGCGAUGCCUGGUCGGUCAUGAUGUGCCGCUCAAUCAGGGAUGCUUAAAGCCAGUUAAGGUGAUAAUACCACCGAACUCCAUCUUGGAUCCGAGUGAGGAUGCGGCUGUGGUGGGCGGGAAUGUUCUCACAUCGCAGCGAGUGGUAGAUGUUAUACUCAAGGCGUUCCAGGUGUGUGCGGCGUCCCAGGGUUGUAUGAACAAUCUGACGGUGGGCGACAGCGGGUGGGGGUAUUACGAGACGGUGGCGGGGGGAAGCGGAGCGGGUCCGGGCUGGCAUGGCUCAGGAGGAGUACAUACCCACAUGACGAACACGCGGAUAACAGACGUGGAGAUAGUGGAGACCAGGUACCCCAUCCUGGUGGGGGCCUUCUCGCUGCGGGGCAACUCCGGGGGCAGAGGCAACUGGCGUGGCGGUGAUGGCGUCACACGAGAAUUGACAUUCCGUCGCACCGUACAGUUGUCGGUUCUGACAGAGCGCAGAGUGUUCGCGCCGUACGGCUUGUGUGGUGGUGAGGCGGGGCAACGCGGACAGAACUUGCUACAACGCUACAGGGGUAAACUUAUCGAUCUUGGGGCAAAGGCGUCUAUUGAAGUGUAUCCUGGGGAUAAGUACAUAAUGAGCUCUCCCGGUGGCGGAGGCUAUGGGGCCCCAGGGAAUUGUGCCGAAGAACCAAACAAACAGACAUACACCAAGUUUAUUGAGCGAGGAAGUCUUUAUGAGUACAAGAGCGCCCAAGAGUCCAACUAAUAUGAACACCGAGGUAUCGCUGCUGCUGCUAACAUCUAUAAUGAAUGGGCGCAAGAAACUCAGCAGGCCUUUUUUUUAAUAUAAAAUAUGGAUUACAAUGUGAUAUCGUACAAUAAGCAUUUAUAAUUAAAGAGCCUGAGGGUGUUCGCUUUAUUCCCAGUCCGUGGUGUUAUUAAGAAAAUCGUUUAUGCUAUAAUAACCUUUCCCACACAAACGUUUUUUAACAAUUCUUUUAAAUUUCGUAACACAUUUGUUUUGUACAUUUUCUGGGAUCAUAUUGUAGAAGCACAUACAUCGCCCAACAAAAGACUUACUAACUCGACCCAACCGAGUAGUAGGCAUUACAAGUUUAUGUUUGUUCCUCGUAUUAACAUUAUGAAUGUCACAGUUUCUAGAAAAUUCCUCAAUGUGGUUAUGAACAUACAGAACAUUAUCAAAAAUGUAUUGAGAAGCAACAGUCAAAAUGUUUAUUUCUUUAAAUUUUUCUCUUAAUGAUUCUUUAAGACCUAGGUUAUAUGAUUUUAAAAGAUUUAUCAACAGUGGGUCAUGAAUCAAUUUUGUCGAUGGUACCUACAUUACAUUUUGAUACCCAAUCAGGUCAAAAUUCAGACAUUGAUUUAUUUUAUCCAGCAUUGUGUAAACGUCGCUACAUAAGUUCAAGAGAAGACUCCAAUAGAAAUCUCUCCAUUACUUGUAUAUAUAGUUAUUAACGGCCGUUCCCAAUAUUCAGUCUAUCUCUUACUUAAGAUAACAAUCGUAACUAUCGUUGACUUUGUCCCAAUAAACUUAGCAACGGUAACUCACCUUAUCCGUACACGAUGUCUGUCAAUGACACGACGUAUAGCCAGCGAUAGAAGUUUUUAUGGAAAUUGCGAUUCACGCGUCCCAAUAUAAGGCGAUAAGAAUGACUUAUCGGUUAUAUUGGGACAGCUUCAGAUAGUACUUUAUCUCUAACUCUAACAAGUUUAAAUCUAUGAAUAUGAUAAGCAUAAGAUCUUGUUGCUACCAAUAAUUAAGGUUUAUUUUAUUUGUUUUAGUAUUUUAUUACAUGUUAAUUGAACUUACUGUUAUAUUUACAUUUAUAAUACGAGAUGGUGCCUCUUGAAAUCGGAUAUGCGAGUAAUCCUUAAUUAUCAAUACAAUGUCGGUCUUUUUAAAACUCAAUUAUAUCAAUGGCUAAUUAGUUACAAUUUUUAUGCUGUAUCCGACUUUUUAAAUUUGUGAUUUUCUUUUUUUAUAAUCUUGUGUUUAACUUUGACUACAUAAUAUGUAUAUGACGUGUAUAUUUUGUGUAGAUGCUAAUAUAAUGUAACAAUUACUGGGCAAAUGAGACUUAAUAUCUUGUCUCAUGGUGACAGGCGCAGUUGUAGUGCCGCUCAGAAUUUUUGGGGGUUUCAAGAAUCCUAAGCGGCACUGCAUUGUAAUGGGCAGGGCGUAUCAAUUACCAUCAGCUGAACGUCCUGCUCGUCUUGUCCCUUAUUUUCAUAAAAAAAAAACAAUGAAAUAUUAUGUGCUAAUCUUAGAAUUUUAUUAUUAUAUAAUGACAUGGAGGUAAUGUAAUUUGCAUGCCCUUUGUGGCUAAUGUGUUGCAUUAUUUUGUUAACUUGUAUACACACAUUAUGCAAAUAAUCAAUUAUUAUUAUUAUUAAUGAGUUAGUCUAUUUUACUGUCGAACAGAUUCCACUGUUAACUAUUCAUUAAAAGCGAACAUUAGCUUUAAAAUUAUGUACACAUGAUUUGAGUUUUCUUUAGUGUUAAUUCCGCAAAUAUUUGUCUGUAAACAAUUCGACACAGGACAGGACGUGUUGUCUCGCCAAAAUCUGGCACGAGACUCAUGAGUCUGACGUCCUGAGGAUGCCUCGCGUAGAGGCGAAACACGUGUCGAAUUGUUUAAAGUCAAAUAUUGGCGGAAUUAAGACUAAAGAAAACUCAAAUCAUUUGUAUAAUUAUGGUUUUCCGCAAAGUAACGCCUAAUUCAAUAUUUUUUUUUAAUUAUGUUUGAAUUGUUAUAUUUGAUGAAUAGUUAUGAAUUUUUACGAAAUAAUAUAUCUUUAUUGAUCUGUUGGGAAUGGUUUGAUAGCGUACAAGUAAUUGUGAUAUCUAUACCAUAGGUAAUAGAGCACAAAUUAAAGUCUUUAUAUUUUAGAUGUUAUAUUUGAUCUAUUGGGAAUGGUUUGAUAGCGUACAAGUAAUUGUGAUAUCUAUAGCAUACGUAAUAGAGCACAAAUUAAAGUCUUUAUAUUUUAGAUGUUAUAUUUGAUCUGUUGGGAAUUGUUUGAUAGCGUACAAGUAAUUGUGAUAUCUAUAGCAUACGUAAUAGAGCAGAAAUUAAAGUCUUUAUAUUUUAGAUGUUAUAUUUGAUCUAUUGGGAAUGGUUUGAUAGCGUACAAGUAAUUGUGAUAUCUAUAGCAUACGUAAUAGAGCACAAAUUAUAGUCUUUAUAUUUUAGAUGUUAUAUUUGAUCUAUUGGGAAUGGUUUGAUAGCGUACAAGUAAUUGUGAUAUCUAUAGCAUACGUAAUAGAGCACAAAUUAUAGUCUUUAUAUUUUAGAUGUUAUAUUUGAUCUAUUGGGAAUGGUUUGAUAGCGUACAAGUAAUUGUGAUAUCUAUAGCAUAGGUAAUAGAGCACAAUUUAAAGUCUUUAUAUUUUAGAUGUUAUAUUUGAUCUGUUAGGAAUGGUUUGAUAGCGUACAAGUAAUUGUGAUAUCUAUAGCAUACGUAAUAGAGCAGAAAUUAAAGUCUUUAUAUUUUAGAUGUUAUAUUUGAUCUAUUGGGAAUGGUUUGAUAGCGUACAAGUAAUUGUGAUAUCUAUACCAUAGGUAAUAGAGCACAAAUUAAAGUCUUUAUAUUUUAGAUGUUAUAUUUGAUCUGUUGGGAAUGGUUUGAUAGCGUACAAGUAAUUGUGAUAUCUAUAGCAUAGGUAAUAGAGCACAAAUUAAAGUCUUUAUAUUUUAGAUGUUAUAUUUUGCAAAUCUGUUGUAUUUAUAUAUUAAUAGUGUGUUAAUUAUAUGUGUUAUUUUGAAA